AUGACUCUCAUAUCUAUUACUUUCUUGGUCCAGGUACUCACGCUUCCCUUUGUGAUUUUGAAAACAGUGAUCCAGUAUUACACUAUAGGGACGGUUUUGCUGCGGGCCAACUCUGAGUUUGCCAACUCACUCUAUAAAAAUGUCCACAUGGCCAUUGAAUACCACUUCAUCGAUCAUUUCACUCGAGAUGAUGUGGCGGUUUUUAUGUAUCAGCCAGCCAAAAUGUACUUUUCAAAGUACAGAAACCAUCCAUUUGCCAAAGGUCUUCGAGGUUUUGGAGACAGAAUCAACGAUCGAACUUAUUGGGUGGUAAAGAGUAACGAGCCAGAACAUUCAAAGGGUAAAUCCGCUCUACUUUUCUUCCACGGCGGAGGUUUCUGUGUGAACAUGUUCGCAACGCAGUUUAUUGGCAUUUUGGGGACAUACCAUUCUGUACCUGAACCUCAGAAGAGCAAACUUCUGGUAGCAUUAUUAGAUUAUUCUUUGACGUGUCACUACGCAAACUAUCCUACCCAAAUCUUCCAGGCCAUGGAGGCAUAUAGGGAAUUGGUUCGUGCUGGAUACACAGACAUCACUCUCAUUGGAGACUCUGCCGGAGGAAACUUGGCUGGUGCCAUUUCAAGAUUUAUAGCCUAUCCAGAAGAAGCCAUGGAGCAAUUUUCUAGAUACAAGGAAUUUAAUUGGGACUUUUCACCGGUAUUGCAGCCGGCAAACAUCAUUUGGAUUUCUCCAUGGGUAGAGCCAUACACCAAACCAAAGCUUAUUCCAGGUACAAAUAAUUGGGGAGAUUUGGGAUCUUCGGGUGGUGGUUUGGGUACAUGGUAUAUUGAAGGGUCCAAGGAAAAAGAUGUGGAGGCUUUCGUCAACCUAAAUAUCACCAACUACAAACAGCAUUGGUCCAAAGUGGAUGCGGUCAAUGGUAAAGGCAGAAGCUUAUAUAUUUAUGGAGAACUGGAAGUUUUACGUCACGGAAUGGAAGUAUUUGUUGACUUGAUUACCAAAGAAGGAAAUGGCAAGUUAGAGACCUAUAUGGAGAAAGGAGGCAUUCAUGAUGGGCUUUUCUAUGUGGAAAGUCUUGAUCAUAUGAACAAUUGGGGAGGACAAAAAGCACUUGAUUCAAAGUUUAAGGGCAAAUAUGCUCAUAAUUUGGUGGGAAAGUUCUUAGGAGAGGUCAUUGGUUGA